GUGCUCUUUGCCGCUCAUUUAUUUUCCAAAGCGGUCCCGACCUGGUGUUUUGUCCAACUCAACCGGCCAAAGUAGUGGUUGGAUGAAAGACCUGUCUUCUAUUUCUCUUUUCUCUUCUGCUGGCCUCGGGAAAGACAGACGAGACGAUCAUCUCUGAGAAAUCAUAUCACAAAUCCUAGUCUAGUAUAUGCUCUUGAAAGGCUUUCUCUAAUAUCAUAUCAAACACAAGACAAACACAAUGUCUGGCAACCAAGCCCUCGAAAUCAACUCCAUCGUCGGGUCGCAGGCCAACACGGCUCUCACAAACCAUGGCAGCGAUUGGUAUUUUACCGUGAUGGCCCUCAUGGCGGUUUCCGCCGUCAUCUUCACCGGGGCGGCCAUCAAGAAGCCGCUCUCCCACCGCGUCUUCCACCAGGCCUCGGCCCUGUUCUGCUUCGUGGCCGCCAUAGGCUACUUCAGCAUGGCGUCGGGGCUGGGCCAGGUACCCAUCCAGGCCGAGUUCACGCGCCCCGACAGCUCCUACACCUUCGCCGCCGGCACGCGCGAGAUCUUUUACGCCCGCUACGUCGACUGGGCCGUGUCUCUGCCGCUGGUCGUCUUGGCGCUGAUGAUGUCCUCGGGCGUGCCCCUGUCCACGACCUUGACCACCAUGGUGGCGGCAGAGAUCUUCAACGUCUGCUUGCUGAUCGGUGCCUUGACGCAGACCACUUAUAAAUGGGGAUACUUCACCUUUGCCGUGAUGGCCGAAUGGUUCGUCUUCUACCAGCUCCUCAUCCCCGGCCGCAAAUACGCCUCUGCAGUAGGCGGCUCCGUCGGCAGCACCUACCUGACGGCCUCGCUGCUCGUCGUCGUCUGCUGGCUCUUCUACCCCGUCUCCUGGGGCCUGAGCGAGGGCGGCAACGUCAUCCACCCCGACUCCGAGGCCAUCUUCUACGGCAUCCUCGACAUCUUCAGCAGGCCCGCCGUCGGCUUCGUCCUGCUGCUCGGCCACCGCAACACCGACUUUGCCUCGCUGGGCUUCGAGGCCCGCGAGCCCGGCCAGGGCAACGAAAAGACUCCCGUCCCGGCUCAGGGGAACAACGGCGCCGUCCAAGCCUAAAGUCUGACUGCUGGGCCAAAGUUGAAAGCCUUUUGGCCCCUGGGCGUAGCGACGAGGAUUCAGGCAAUGGGAGUACAGCGGGGGGAUUCGAGCUAUAAUAUUUCAGUUCCGGACUUUUCUUUUCUGGAGCAGACGAGGGAACAUUGCACUCACUUUGUCUGCCCGGGGACUUUCUUUUGUGAUUGUUGCAUUUUGUUUUAUAGUACUGCUUUUGAAUGAUACCUACAAGGCAGUAUGACACGCCGGACGGCAACUUGGAAAUGUCCAAGAUGGUCAUCUACCGAGCAUCAUCCGGUUUUAAUUCUAGUCCGAAUCUAAACUUUUGAAAUUUAU